GUUCUUUGCCUUCUUUCUAGGGUUUUUGGAAUAGGAGGUUGCAGAGCAGAGAUGGCCAAGUUCAACGAGGUGCAGAAGCGGAGGAGGGCGCAGGCUGCGGAGAGGAAGAGGGCGGUGCACGGGGACGCGCUGACCGGGAAGCUCAAGAAUAAGCAGCAACCUCUCUCCGUCUCCGGCAAGCGCAAGCGCAAGAUCUUCAAGCAAUGGCGCAGGGAACAAAAGGAGGCGCUGCAGAAGGGGCUCGUCACCAUGCAAGACGUGGAGAUGGCCGUGGCCGAAGGCGAAACGGGCACUUCGGAGGAGACCAACAAGACUUCAACAAGGUUUCAUAUGAAGAAGAGCUUGAAGCUUAAGCAAGUAAAGGGCAGAGGCAAGGGAAAGAAGAAGCAGAGUAAGGCUAAACCAGCAACUGAAGCUCAGCUUGAUUCCAUGGUGGAGUAGCCCCCGCCAGGACGAUUCAGAAAGAAAACAACAAGGAGAGAACAAACAGAAAUGUAGAGUAGAUGGGAUGCAGAUGGAAGUGCACAUCUUUAUUUUUUAUUCAGCCUUGUGCAUUAACAAGCAAGCCUUGCUCUAUCUAGUUCGUAUGAAUACAUGCCGUUCUCUUUUUUUU